AUGCAUUCACUAGCCCCGCACCGCUGCCAAUCUCCUCAUUCCCCGCUUCCGAAAACCCCAACCAGCUGGUGGGGUGAACGGACAGAUGUUGUAUUCGUCCGGCCGUCACCUCCUGUUCUCCUCUCUCAUGGCGGCAACCAAACCCCAUCGCGUCCAUCAAAUCGUGGGGGCGUCGCUUCUGAGCUCCAGUAAGAAGCCGAGGACGAUGGCGACCGAUUCUAGCAUGAAGGAGGAAUUCUCGAAAUAUGCUGACUAUCUCAACGAACUUAAUGACAAGCGGGAGAGAGUUGUGAAGGCCAGUCGUGAUGUGACAAUAAAUAGCAAAAAGGUUAUAUUCCAGGUGCACAGAAUCAGUAAGGAUAACAAAGAAGAAGUCUUGGCAAAGGCAGAAAAUGAUCUUGCAGCUGUGACCGAUCAGUAUAUAUCCAGAUUAGUAAAAGAGUUGCAAGGGACUGACUUUUGGAAGCUUAGGCGUGCCUAUACCUUUGCAGUCCAAGAGUAUGUUGAAGCUGCAACAUUGUGUAGAUUCUGCAAGACUGGGACUCUAUUGAAUCUUGCUGAGAUUAAUGCUUCUUUGCUACCGCUUAGUGAUCAAUCUGUUGAACCCUUGCAGAUAAAUGUUCUUGACUACCUUUUGGGGCUUUCAGAUUUGACUGGAGAGCUGAUGAGACUUGCCAUUGGUCGAAUAUCAGAUGGAGAAGUUGAAUAUGCUGAGAAGAUAUGUCGAUUUGUACGAGAUAUAUAUAGGGAGCUAACCCUUCUUGUACCUCUUAUGGAUGAUAACUCUGAGAUGAAGAAGAAAAUGGAAACAAUGCUUCAAAGUGUAGUAAAGAUUGAAAAUGCUUGCUUUAGCGUUCAUGUUAGAGGAUCAGAGUACAUUCCAUUGCUUGGAUCCAGUGAUCCAGAUUACUCCUUAUUUGGUGUACCGGAUUUUGAGUCAUGAAGUAGUUGCAUUUGCCUCGGUAAGACCACUUGUGCUCAUUUGAUCCUUGGCAUAAACUUGUAAAGAUUAUCAUGCAGUUUCCCUAAAGGUGUAGAACUUAUCAUGGGACCAUUAGAAGAACAUGAGAAAAAAGGAGGGGAACUCAAAUCCAUACCUGGAGGAUUAGGGAAUUUGUUUCCUUUACCUCUAUCUAAUAUCUUCUGAAUGUAGAUUGAUUGCAUUGAUGAUAGAGUGUGGUUAUGUUAAACUAUAUUUACACCAGGACUAAGCUAGAGAAGUAUUGAUUAGGGUGCA